GUUCAUCCCUCGACUAUUCUGCGGCUCUGCGCAACGAGUUUACAAACCCAUCGUCUCCGUUCCAUCUCGAAUCGCUUUCUUCGUCUCCCACCAAAGUUUCUCUCUCUCUAUUAAGGUUUGUUGACUCAUGUCGAUUCCCUCCUCAUUUCGUGUAUUUUCGCCUAAAGUUCCACAAACUAUCCGUCUCCAAAUCCCAGUUCUGAAAACCCUGAUCCCAUCAACGUCGAUUCCUUCAAAAUUUCCCUUGUUUUCAUCAAUUUCAAUACAAAGACUACCAACCAAACCUGUUUCGGCUUCUCCGUCUUCAUCUUCUUCUUCUCUGCAAUCCAUUGAAGAGCUCCCACCGAAGCUUCAGGAGAUUGUAAAACUUUUUCAAGCGGUGCAAGAACCCAAGAUGAAAUACGAGCAGCUCAUGUUCUAUGGCCGUGGCCUCACUCCUCUUGCUGCCCAGUUCAAGACCAACGAGAACAAGGUCCAAGGAUGCGUCUCUCAGGUCUGGGUAAGGGCUUACCUUGACCCGGAUAAGAACGUCAGAUUCGAGGCGGAUUCCGAUUCGGUCCUUACCAAGGGACUCGCUGCCCUACUCGUUCAAGGGCUCUCAGGGAAUCCUGCACCGGAAAUUCUGAAGGUUUCGCCGGAUUUCGUCACGCUACUGGGGCUCCAGCAGAGCUUGACUCCUUCCAGAAAUAACGGCUUCUUGAAUAUGUUGAAGUUGAUGCAGAAAAAGGCACUGCAGUUGUAUAUAGAGUCUCAAGAGAGUAAUGGGUCAAGUUUGAGAGCGGAUUCUCAAGUGGAAUCGGUGGGUACAAGUGGAAUCGGUGGAGCUGAGGCUAAUAGUCAAAAUUCAAUGGAGGGUACUAGUGGAAUCAGCGGAGCUGAGUCGAAUUCUGAAGUGGGUGGUGAAAAUUUGAAGCCGGGUACCGACGAAGUUGAUGAAACUGAGUCAAAUGGGAGAGUGGGUUUGGGGAGUAGAGGAGAGAGGAUAAGAGAGAAAUUGGAUAGGAUGCUUCGUCCUAUAGAAUUGGAAAUUGAAGAUAUCUCUCAUCAACACGCAGGGCACAAGGGAGUUGGGGGAAGAGCAGGCGAGACACAUUAUAAUGUAAGAAUCGUUUCUAAGGAGUUCGAAGGGAAGAGUCUGGUGAAGCGGCAUAGGCUUAUCUAUGAGUUGUUGCAAGAAGAGUUGCAAACAGGAUUGCAUGCGCUCUCAAUAGUGGCAAAGACGCCCUCUGAAGUCAGUGGGAGAUGAUUUAGAUCAUCCCAACAGAGAAAUGGUCCCUUUUUGCUAUCCUUCUCAGUUCUCGAAUUUUGUUGUUUCAUUUAUAUGUAGUUUUUUUCCUCCCUCUUCAACAUGUGUAAAGCAUUACCUGGAGUAACUUAAUAAAUGCGAUAGAUUAUGGGCGCAUAUAUCGGCUUAUUCAAAUGUAUAAUGACCUGUAUUUGAGUUUUGUUGAAAGAAAGUUAUUAGAGAACC